AUGGCACCACUACCGAUCAAGUUCCAGGAGCUGAUCCAGCUCCAGACUGCCGGCGUUGAGGACUCCUCCAUCGGCUUCAACUCCUGCACACUCGAGUCAGACUCGUACGUGUGCAUCCGGGAAAAGAAGAACGAAGCUGCCCAGCCCGAAGUUGUCAUCGUCGACCUGAAGAACGGCAACAAUGUGACGCGGCGUCCCAUCAAGGCCGACAGUGCCAUCAUGCACUGGACUCGCCAAGUCAUCGCUCUCAAGGCGCAAUCGAGAACACUCCAGAUAUUCGACCUCGAGAAGAAGGCAAAGCUCAAGUCCACAACCAUGAACGAGGACGUCCAGUACUGGAAGUGGAUCAACGAGACCUCCUUGGGCCUGGUAACAGACACAGCAGUCUACCAUUGGGACGUCUACGACCCCAGCCAAGCUCAGCCGGUCGAGGUGUUCAAACGCAACGCCAACCUGAAUGGUUGCCAAAUCAUCAACUACCGCACCAACGCCGAGGGCAAGUGGAUGGUCGUCGUGGGCAUCUCGCAGCAACAGGGUCGCGUUGUUGGAUCCAUGCAGCUGUACUCCAAGGACCGCGGCAUCAGCCAAGCAAUUGAGGGCCACGCUGCCGCCUUCGGCACUCUGCGCCUCGAGGGUGCCCCCGCCGACACCAAGCUCUUCACCUUCGCCGUGAGGACGGCAACCGGCGCGAAGCUCCACAUCGUCGAGGUCGACCACGCUGAAUCAAACCCCGUCUUCCCCAAGAAGGCCGUCGACAUCUUCUUCCCUCCCGAAGCUGUCAGCGAUUUCCCCGUGGCCAUGCAGGUGUCGCAGAAGUACGGUGUCAUCUUCAUGGUCACCAAGUACGGAUUCAUCCACGUCUACGACCUCGAGACCGCAGCCUGCAUCUUCAUGAACCGCAUUUCCAGCGAUACCAUCUUCACCACCUCUCCCGAUGCCGAGUCUCGUGGUAUUGUCGGCAUCAACCGCAAGGGUCAAGUGCUCUUCGUUUCGAUCGACGACAGUAACGUCAUUCCCUACCUCCUCCAGAACCCGGCCAACACCGAAAUGGCUAUCAAGAUGGCAUCACGAGCUGGCCUCCCUGGUGCUGAUAAUCUCUAUGCUCGUCAGUUCGAGCAGCUGUUCAACAGCGGUCAGUUCAUGGAGGCGGCAAAGAUCGCGGCCAACUCCCCUCGCCAGUUCCUCCGAACUGCCGAAACGAUUGAGAAGUUCAAGGCGCUGCCCCAGCAGCCUGGCCAGAUGUCGUUUGUCCUGCAAUACUUUGGUCUUCUUCUCGACAAGGGCGCGCUCAACGAGCACGAGUCCAUCGAGCUGGCCCAGCCUGUCCUGGCCCAGAACCGUCUCAACCUUCUCGAGAAGUGGCAGAAGGAGAACAAGCUCACCCCUUCGGAGAGGCUCGGUGACCUCGUGCGGCCUCAUGACCUGAACAUGGCUCUCGCCAUGUACAUCAAGGCCAACGUCCCCCACAAGGUCGUCGCCGGCCUCGCCGAAACCGGCCAGUUCGACAAGAUCCUGCCUUACGCCACCCAGACAGGCUACCAGCCCGACUACGUCCAGCUGCUCCAGCACAUUGUUCGUGUCAACCCGGAGAAGGGAGCCGAGUUUGCCACGGCUUUGGCCAACAACGAGGGCGGUUCUCUGGUUGACAUCGAGAGAGUCGUCGACAUCUUCCAGUCCCAGGGCAUGAUCCAGCAGGCAACCGCCUUCCUCUUGGAUGCACUAAAAGACAACAGACCUGACCAGGGCCACCUUCAGACUCGUCUCCUCGAGAUGAACCUGAUGAAUGCGCCCCAGGUCGCCGAUGCCAUUCUUGGAAACGACAUGUUCUCCCACUUCGACAAGACUCGCAUUGCCACCCUCUGCGAACAGGCCGGCUUGGCCCAGAAGGCCCUGGAGCUCUACGAGGACCCCGCGGCUGUCAAGCGUGUUGUGAUCAACAUUGCCGCCACCCCCAACUUCAACCUUGACUGGUUGACCGGUUUCUUUGGCAAGCUGUCCGUUGAGCAGUCCCUCGACUGUUUGGACGCGAUGAUCAAGCACAACAUCCGCCAGAACCUCCAGGCUGUGGUCCAAGUCGCGACCAAGUACUCUGAUUUACUUGGCCCGGUCCGUCUGAUCGACCUCUUUGAGAAGUACAAGACUGCUGAGGGUCUUUUCUACUACCUCGGAAGCAUCGUCAACCUCUCGGAGGACCCUGACGUUCACUUCAAGUACAUCGAGGCUGCCACCAAGAUGGGCCAGUUCAACGAGGUUGAGCGCAUUUGCAGAGACAGCAACUACUACAAUGCCGAGAAGGUCAAGAACUUCCUGAAGGAGGCCAGGCUUCAGGAGCAGCUGCCCCUCAUCAUCGUCUGCGACCGCUUCAACUUUGUCCACGACUUGGUGCUCUACCUUUACCAGCAGCAGCAGUUCCAGUCCAUCGAGACCUACGUUCAGCGUGUCAACCCCAGCCGGACACCUGCCGUCAUCGGUGGUCUUCUGGAUGUCGACUGCGACGAGAGCAUAAUCAAGAACCUGUUGUCGACUGUCAACCCGGCGUCGAUCCCUAUCGAUGAGCUCGUCUCCGAGGUCGAGACUCGUAACCGUCUCAAGCUCCUCCUGCCCUUCCUCGAGGCCACCCUUGCCGCUGGCAACCAGCAGCAGGCUGUCUUCAACGCGCUCGCCAAGAUCUACAUCGACUCGAACAACAACCCUGAGAAGUUCCUCAAGGAGAACGACCAGUACGACACUCUCACCGUUGGUAAAUACUGCGAGAAGCGUGACCCCAACCUGGCUUUCAUCGCCUACUCGAAGGGCCAGAACGACCUCGAGCUCGUCAACAUCACCAACGAGAACGGCAUGUACCGCAACCAGGCUCGCUACCUGCUCGAGCGGGCUGACCGCGAGUUGUGGACCUUUGUUCUCAGCGAGAACAACAUCCAUCGCCGCUCCGUGAUUGACCAGGUGAACGCCACCGCUGUUCCAGAGUCUACCGACCCUGCCAAGGUCUCCGAGGCUGUCGCCGCGUUCCUUGCCUGCGACCUCCCUCUCGAGCUUAUCGAGCUGCUUGAGAAGAUCGUCCUGGAGCCUUCGCCCUUCAGCGACAACGCCAACCUCCAGAACCUCCUUCUGUUUACCGCUGCCAAGGCCGACAAGGGUAAGGUUAUGGACUACAUCCACCGCCUGGACAACUUCAGCGCUCCCGAUAUCGCGUCUGCCUGUAUCGAUGUCGGCCUCCACGAGGAGGCCUUCGAGAUCUUUAAGAAGACUGGCGACAAGACCUCCGCUGUCAACGUCCUGAUUGAGAAUGUUGUGAGCAUCGACCGCGCCCAGGCUUACGCGGAGGAGGUCGACCUGCCCGAGGUGUGGAGCAAGGUGGCCAAGGCCCAGCUUGACGGCCUCCGUGUCAGCGACUCCAUUGAGUCGUACAUCAAGGCCGAGGACCCCAAGAACUACGAGGAGGUCAUCGAGACGGCUGUCCGCGCCGGCAAGGACGAGGACCUUGUCAAGUACCUGCGCAUGGCCAGAAAGACGUUGCGUGAGCCCGCCAUCGACACUGCUCUCGCCUUCUGCUAUGCCCGCCUCGACGAGCUUGGCGAGCUGGAGGACUUCCUCCGCGGCACCAACGUCGCCAACAUUGAGGAGUCCGGUGACAAGGCUUACGAAGAGGGUCUCUUCCAGGCGUCCAAGAUCUUCUUCACUAGCAUCUCCAACUGGGCCAAGCUGGCCACCACCCUCGUCCACCUCGAGGAGUACCAGGCUGCUGUCGAGUGCGCCCGCAAGGCCAACAACAUCAAGGUCUGGAAGCAGGUCCACGAGGCUUGCGUUAACAAGAAGGAGUUCCGUCUUGCCCAGAUCUGUGGUCUCAACCUCAUUGUGGAUGCCGAGCAGCUGCAGACCCUCGUCAAGCAGUACGAGCGCAACGGCUACUUUGACGAGCUUAUUGGCCUGUUGGAGCAGGGUCUCGGCCUCGAGCGUGCCCACAUGGGAAUGUUUACCGAGCUCGGUAUCGCCCUGUCCAAGUACCACCCCGAGCGUCUCAUGGAGCAUCUGAAGCUGUUCUGGAGCAGAAUGAACCUGCCCAAGAUCAUCCGUGCCUGCGAGGAGGCGAACCUCUGGCCCGAGCUGGUCUUCUGCUACUACCACUACGACGAGUUCGACAACGCCGCUCUGGCGGUCAUCGAGCGCCCCGAGAACUCCUGGGAGCACCAGCAGUUCAAGGAAAUCGUUGUCAAGGUCGCCAACCUGGAGAUCUACUACCGCGCAAUCAACUUCUACCUCGAGCAGCACCCUUCCUUACUUACGGACCUGCUCCAGGCGCUCACUCCCCGUAUCGACGUGAACCGUGUGGUCAAGAUGUUUGAGAAGAGCGACAACCUGCCGCUGAUCAAGCCUUUCCUCGUCAACGUGCAGAGCCAAAACAAGCGCACGGUCAACAAUGCCAUCAACGACUUGCUGAUCGAGGAGGAGGACUACAAGACGCUCCGCGACUCCGUCGAGAACUAUGACAACUACGACCCCGUCGACCUUGCCUCUCGUCUGGAGAAGCACGACUUGAUCUUCUUCCGCCAGAUCGCGGCGAGCAUCUACCGCAAGAACAAGCGGUGGGAGAAGUCCAUCGCUCUCUCCAAGCAGGACAAGCUCUUCAAGGAUGCCAUUGAGACUGCUGCCAUUUCUGGCAAGACCGAUGUUGUGGAGGACCUGCUCCGCUAUUUCGUCGACAUUGGCAGCCGCGAAUGCUACGUCGGCAUGCUUUACGCCUGCUACGAUCUUAUCCGCCCCGACUUGGUCCUCGAGAUCUCUUGGCGCCACGGUCUCACCGAUUUCGCCAUGCCCUACAUGAUCAACAUGUUGUGCCAGCAGACAAAGGAGUUGGCAACCCUCAAGGCCGACAACGAGGCUCGUAAGAGCAAGGAGAAGGAGCAGGAGAAGGAUGAAACCAACACUCCCAUCCUCGGCGGCAACCGCCUCAUGAUCACUGCCGGCCCCGGCGGCAUGGGUGCCCCAUCUCCCGUGCCUUAUGGCCAGACGAAUGGCUUCGCGCCUCAGCCUACUGGCUUUGGGUUCUAG